UACUCGGCAGUCGGCCGUCAAACGUUGCCGAGAGCGAACGUAAUGGCGCUUAAAUUGAUUUGUUUCUUCGCGUUAAUAGCGUGGUGUUAUGCGCAACCGAGGGCGGCACAGUAUGUAGUGCCAGCGGCGAAACUUGAAGCUAUAUACCCUAAAGGGCUGAGGGUAUCGAUUCCAGACGAUGGUUUCUCCCUCUUCGCUUUUCACGGAAAGCUCAAUGAAGAAAUGGAUGGUUUAGAAGCUGGACACUGGGCGAGAGACAUUACCAAAGCCAAAGAAGGCCGAUGGACCUUCAGAGAUCGAAAUGCACAGUUGAAGCUGGGAGACAAGAUCUAUUUUUGGACUUACGUUAUAAAAGAUGGCUUGGGUUAUAGACAAGAUAAUGGUGAAUGGACGGUUACAGAAUUUGUUGAUGAGGAAGGUAAACCAGUGGAUCCAAAUCUCGCACCUACACCAUCACCAACUCCACAAAGUCCAAAUGAACCCAACAAACCUUCACCGCCUGCCCCAAGACCUGACCCGCCAUGUCAAAUUUCCAAAACCACAGUUCAAGGUCGGAACGCUGUGUGCACUGGCGCUUUGAUAUUUACCGAAAAUUUCGACAAACAAGGUUUACAAAAUCUGGCGAAUUGGGAGGCUGAAGUUAAAUUUCCUGAAGAACCAGACUAUCCAUUCAACGUAUAUAUGGCUGAUGAAACCUUAGACAUAAGUGAUGGAAACCUCAUUAUUAGUCCUAAGUUGCUCGAGUCACAUUUCCACCAGGGCAUCUUAACUGAGAGCCUUGAUCUAACUAACAGGUGUACUGGACCCAUCGAUACCUCACAAUGCAAGCGUCAAGCAUCAGGUGCCCAAAUUCUACCUCCAGUUAUGACUGGCAAGAUCACUACUAAGAACAAGUUUAAUUUUAUAUUUGGAAAAAUUGAAGUUCGAGCCAAACUUCCAGCUGGAAACUGGUUAAUACCAGAAAUUAACCUCGAGCCACGCGACGAUGCGUAUGGUUCCCGGCGAUACGAGUCUGGAUUGAUGAGGAUUGCUUUUGCUAAAGGCAAUGCGAUUUUUGCCAAAAAGCUGUAUGGAGGACCUGUUCUAUCAGACUCGGAACCUUAUAGGACCCUCUUACUCAAAGAGAAGAUUGGCAUUGACAAUUGGAACAGAGACUACCAUAACUACACCUUGAUUUGGAAGCCAAACGGCAUCGAACUCCUCGUAGAUAACGAACGGUACGGAACCAUUGAAGCCGGGGAAGGGUUCUACACGAGCGCCAGGGAGCACGCGGUACCACAUGCCGCAACCUGGCUUAGAGGCACCAUCAUGGCUCCACUCGACAAGAUGUUCUACAUUUCUCUCGGUCUUCGAGUGGGUGGUGUAAAUGACUUUGCCGAUGUCUCUGACAAGCCGUGGAAGAACCGAGCCAACAAGGCCAUGCUGAACUUCUGGAAGGACAAGGACAACUGGUUCCCGACCUGGUACGACUCCAACCUGAAGGUUGACUACGUCAAGGUCUAUGCUCUGUGAUAUAGCUAGAAAUGUUCUUUAUGUCCCUCGUAGUAAUUCUAUGUGUAUUAGUUUACUAAGUUAUGUUAUACUGUUUUGUUUCUCGCACUAGACUAAGUUUAUAGAUAUGAGUAUAAUAAAUGUAGAAUAAGUGAGGAAAUAUUUCAAUAGUGUUUAUUAACUUUAGAACAUCAACCAGAAGGUCGCGACCCUUAGGGAUAGACGGGGGGGGGGGUGAGUUUGCAUUUUACUGCUAGUUUAACGUAAUAAAAUAAUAAAAAAUGGUUAUUAAACAUAUAAAUACACUAUUAAUUAAUUAUUAUAAUUUUUUAGUGACGGGAUAUAUAUGGAGGCAAGACUUUUUACUUAAUUUUUUGGCUUUUUCGUGGGUCGCAACAUAAAAAUGGUUGAGAAACAAUGUUUUAGAAGUACUAAAAGUUUUUUAAUACUUUAUCAGUGUUACCGAAAUUUGCUGUUUGACCAGGAUAAAAAGUAGCUGUUCCAAAUAAUACGUCAAUGCAAAAUUUUAUAACAGUUAGUAAAGCCGUUGAGGCGGCAAAAGAUAACAAGAAAACAAACUUACUUAUAAUAUUAGUUCAUACAUCAUACUGGAUAAGAUCAUACAGGUGAAGUCGAAAUCAUUAGCGUAUUUUAAGAGCAUUUUACCAGUAAAAAGGACGUUUUCUUUAAAGUGACAUCGACUGAAACAUGUCGAAUUAUUCUGAGCAUGAUUUAACAAAUCAUCAUCAUUUUAGCCGUUAACUGUCCACUGUUGAACAUAGGCCUCCUGUUAUUGGGGGGUGUUGUCAAUACAAAAGCCAAUGUAGUUGCCAGACUUAGCAGGUGAGUUGUAAAUCGCGGUUAGGCUUUGGUGAUGUUUUAAAAAGUUUGCUACUGCCCAUCCUUCGACCAUUAAGUUUCCUUAACUCUUACGAUACACAUGGGAAAAGAAGAGAAGGUAUGCCAAAUGACCACAGUGUAUUAGUGUGAUAGGCAUAUUAUUUAUAUUUUUAUUUUACUUUUGUAUCUACGCAUAUGUUUCUCUGGGGAAAACGUCAAAUGUCUCCGGUAAAACACUUAUAAAAUAUACUAAUGAAUGCAUGAACACAUAUCUAAAUAAAUAUGUUUAUAACUAUUUAAAUUAACUAUAAUAGGUAAAAAACAAUUUCUUUCGAUUCAGUAUUAUUGACUCUAGAAAUGUGUUAUGUGUUCGAAAUACGAAAAUACAAGGAGAUGACUUUAAUUCUGAACAAAAAUUUAUAUUUCGAAUCUAAUACUCACUGGAUAUUAAAAAGUAAAUAUAUAUUUAAUGUUUUUUUUUUAUAAGACUGUACAUUGUUAAGGCAUGUCCACCGUAUCGACCUUGUUGAAUCAUUCCAAAUAUGUUUUUUAACAAAAUAAGGGCGAGACCUAAUUUUCAAUGUUCAGUGUGCAAUGAUUAAUUUUUAAUAUUGGUUUUAAUUAUGUUUUAUUUAGUAGAUUUUAUUGCAGUUGACAUGCCUUUACGUUCUAUGUACAACGUCAUAAUGACUGAUAAUGAUGGUACAAUAAAAUUAUUUGUACAACUUGAUUAUAUUAUAGUUGCUCAAAAUAUGCAAAAGCUGUAAGUUUUUCGUAGAAUUAGUGGUUUUUUUAUGUGAUAAAAAUAUACAUUUGAAAAAUG